AAGCUAUUUUGGACCAGCUCUACAGCUUUUUUCCAUAUUGAUUAGUUAUGUCGCUUUUGUUGUUUACUCGCCACAUUUUUUUUGCCCAGGCCAGUUAAUUGUGUUAAUUCCCGGCGCGCGGGAAAGAAAAAGAAAAGGGUGAACGACGGUGGAACCACGGAGGGACCUGACUUCCGUCAAAGAAUAACCAUCACAAGCACCACCAACCGGAUCCCAAAGGCGAGUCGCGAGCGAGCGCACAAAUCCCCCGAUGUCAGCGGGUGUGGGUGGCGGAGGGAGCAUUACCACCGAGCACCACAGUCGCCUCUACUUCCUCAACUCGCCGACGGCGCCGCUCACCGCCCGCGAUCCGUUCUUCAUCAAGCCGGAGUAUCUCAGCUAUGAGAGUCCCAUGCACCAUGCCCUCUACUCGGGCAAUCGGGGCCUCUUAGAGUACAACAACUAUACGAGUUCGGCGGCCGCGGCGGCAGCCGUUGCCUCAUCCGUAGCCACCUCCGUAUCUGUGUCCGGUUCGGGUUCGGGAUCAGGAUCCGCGGGAACCGCAGCCAGUGCCUCAGCAAGUGCUGCGAACAGCGGUGGCAGUGCGUCCGGAACGGCGGUGCUGAGCCUCGAGAACAACUUCGCACAGCAGGGCAAUCCCCACCAGCAGCAGCAGCAACAGCAAGGCAAUCCCCACCAGGAGGUACUCCAGCAGCAGCAGCAGCAGCAUCCCCUGCAUCAUCAUUUGUCCGCUGGCGUUGUGGUCGAGGCCGGUCAACUUGGUGGCGUUCCGGGCCUCGCCAAUCUUGGCGUGCCACAUCUCAGCGCCCAGCAGUCAGUAACGCAGCAGGGCCAAUCCUCGAGAGCGCAAAAGGCCGCCCGCCGGAGAAGCAACGAAUCGAUUGAGGCCAGGGAAAGGCGGCUGGAGAGAAACGCCGCCCGGAUGCGGGACAAACGGGCCAAGGAAUCAGAGGCCGAGUACCGCGUGCGUUUGGCCAAGAAUGCGGAGGCGAAUCGAGUGCGACGCCAGAACGAAACGGAAGUACAAAGAACCCUAAGACUGAUGAAGAAUGCAGCGCGGCAGCGACUGCGCCGCGCCUCGGAAACCGUCGAGGAGCGCAAGAAGCGGCUGGCCAAAGCCGCCGAACGGAUGCGAAUCGCCCGGGCCAGUGCGCCCAAGGUCAUCAAGCCGCCGCUGGCCGACAGGCUAAAGGGUUACUAAUGGAGGAUCGUAUAAUCGGUUAGCCUGGAUUUAGGCAAAGACGCCCAUUUGGAGCUGGCUCUCCGGCAGAGCAGCUAGGCCGAGCAGCAGGAAAAGCUGGCCAGGAUCGGCAGAGGAACACAGACACAUCUACAAAUUAUAUAAAUAUAUAUAUACAUAUAUAUAUUGUAUACAGCCUAUAAGAAAAAAGUUUGAGAUAAGGAACCCAGUCCGAAACCAGGAGGAUUCUCGAGGACUUGCAAAUGAAUAGGCAGCAGGCACUCUAGGAUUAAAGCCAGGCAAUUUUUUUUUUUAAGUUAAAAAUUAACAAGAUGAAGUAACGUAAUGUAAUCAUAAAGUAAAGUAUUUUUAUAAUGCAUGCAUUAUAUUCGUACGAUAUGUAUACACACACGACACAAAAACCAAACACACACACACACACCCCCACCCCCAAACACACACAUGCACUAGCAUAGUCAUUGCCACACAUAUAGAGCCCCCAAAAAGGGCAGUAAUACCCCCACUCCCCCAGGAAAAAGGAAGCUUACAGCGCCAGGGUGCCUCACUGUAAAUAAAAAACGGAGGGAAAAUCGCCAACGACUGAGGUACACCUCCCAAGCUUAACAAGAAGAAACCCGAAAAAAUAAAUAUUAAAAUAAUUACUGAGCAUCGCGGAUGGACGAGGCAACAAGUGCCUUUCGAGGAAAUCC